AUGGUCGCCAUAUUUCUAGUGAUCCCCGAGAAGCUCCAGCAUAUUUCACAAGAACUCAACACCAACAUCGAAGGGCAGUGGAAAAUAGCCUUUGUCAUCACUGCUAUUAAGGGUGUGGACCAAAGAUAUGUUCAUGUGGUGUUAAGGAAAGCAGACAUUGACCUCAUGAAGCAGGCAGGAGAGCUCACUGAAGAUGAGGUAGAGUGCAUGAUCACUAUUAUGCAGAAUCCUCGCCAAUACAAGAUUCCUGAUUGGUUCUUGAAUAGACAGAAGGAUGGGAAAUACAGUCAGGUUCUGGCCAAUGGCCUGGACAACAAUCUCCGUGAAGACUUAGAGCGACUGAAGAAAAUACAGGCCCACUGGGGUCUGCACCACUUUUGGGGACUUCACGUCAGAGGCCAGCACACUAAGACCACAGAACUCUGUGGCCACACUGUGGGUGUAUCCAAGAAGAAAGUCUCUCUGGUGAAUCUAGCCUACUGGGUUGACAGCAGCACAGGACACUGGUCUGCCCUGAGACUCCAGCUCUGUGGGUCUGACUCCCAAACACAUGUCUGA